GCAACAAAAUAAAUAAUAAAAAAAAAAGUAAGAGAGAGAGAGAAACUAAUAUGUGUUUUUAUUAAUUAAUAAAGCCUUUACUUUUUAUUUUUUUCCUUGUUCUUGGUUUUUGUAGUGGUAUAUAGCAAGUAGUAUUGGGGUCUUUGCACUAUCUUUAUUAAUUCUCUCUCUCUCUCUCCAUAUUUGUAAAAUUCUGACCUUCCCUUGAAAAUUCACUUCUUGGUUGUGGGUUAGUCUGGUUUCUUUGUCUGAUCAAAUCUUCUUAAGGCAAGGAGACAGAUAGCAAAAUCUUAUCUUGCACCUAGCUAUGAGGAUCAGGAAAAGACAGGUUCCCUUACCUCUAUCUUCUCUUUCUCCUGUACCUCUCUCAGAUCCCCAGUUUAGCCAGUCUCCUGUGGUGCAACUUCAACUACACAACAACCCACUUCAAAAUCUCCCUCAAGAACCUCAUACACUUGCUUGCUUUGAUUCCCACACACCUAAUCAACCAAAUCAACCGAUCGGAGGUGGAAGUAGUGGCCUAGAUUGCUCGGAUGCGGCUGUAGCACAACAAGAAAAGAAGAUUUUGUUGGAGAAAGAUGAGAGGGGGAGAGAAGGAGAGAGGAGUAAUGAUACCAGGAAGGGAAGUUUAAUGGGUGCAGAAAUUGAAACUAUGAAUCUUACACCAUCAAGUUCUUCCCGUCAAGGUAAAAAUCCUCCCAUUUCCGAAACGCAUGGAAGUUAUAUUUUGCUAUUUAUUUUGUUGUUGUUGUUGUUGUGUGAUUGCAAUAUAGGAGUUGGGAUGUGGGGUGAGGGAGAGAAAGCAUUUCCGUUAAAGAAGAGAAGAGGAAGCUUCGAAAGGCGAUCAGAUGAUGAUGAAAUAAUGAUAGUGAAAGAUAAGAAAAUGAAGAUAAAGAUGAACAAGAUAUGUGUGCAGCAAAAAGGCAAUAACAAAGAAGAAGAUGAUGAUGAUGAAGAAGAAGAAGAAGAAGAAGAAAGUAAGGAUAUCAUCAAAGAGGGUGCUGAUGGUACUACCAAUAACACUAGUGCAAGAAAGAAAGCUAGAGGUGGUGCACUUAUGGAAGGAUCGAGAUGCAGUCGCGUAAAUGGGAGAGGAUGGAGAUGUUGCCAACAAACUCUUGUGGGAUACUCACUUUGUGAGCAUCACUUGGGAAAAGGAAGGCUGAGAAGCAUGAGUAGCGUUCGAAGCCGAUCCAUGGCUCGCACUGCACCAAAGAAGGCCGAGUCCAAGCCAUUAUCAAGCUCCUCAUUGUCAUUAGAGGAAAAGGAAACAAAACGCGUAUCAUCUGAUCAUAUUAAACUUGAUGGUGAUCCAAAUGAAGAUGGAGAUCACAAGAAACCUUUAAUGAUUGCAAAGAAGAAGGUGAAGCUUGGUAUGGUCAAAGCUCGAUCAAUUAGCAGUUUGUUGGGUCAACCAAAUUAUGGCAUUGCAGUAUCAGAGGAUAGCAAGUAGAGGAUACAUAAAGAAGGCAGAAUCUGCAUCAAUUCAUGUUCUUGAAAUGAAAGUUGAGAGAUGAGUUUAUGUUGAGUGCAGUUUUUGGUUCCUUCUCUUCUCUGUUUGAGUCUCUCAAUGAAGAAGAAUUAAAGGAUGUUUGAUGAAGUACUGUUUAUCUUGUACCAUUUUCAUUUUAAUGUUUAUGCUGUAAGCACGAUAUUUAUAAAAAUAAACAAGUGAUUAACCAAAAAA